ACUCUUCUUAUUGUCGAGUCAAGUCGCGCAACAACGCGUCGAGAAGAGCAGACGAAGAUCCUGGAUUGUGAAGGAGCUCUGAGCUUCCAAUGGCUUACGUCGAGAGAGGUGUUGUCAAAUCCAAGCGGUCAAUAUGGCGUUUGAAAACAAUCACUGAUUUCUUUUGGGCAAUCAUCAACUUUAUAGGCGUGUUUUUUGCUACUUUGUUUUCGAUGGAAAAGUCUGAUGCUUAUCGGAAGGGGACUGGGUCUAGCAAGAAGUGGGAUGGUGGUGGCCCUGGAGGUCCUGGAAGUGGUCCCUAUGGUGGUGGUCCAGGUGGACGGCCACGUGGAUUAGAUAAUGUUAGAGGCAUUGACCAUAGCUCUCUCCCUGCUUGUGGCUCCUGCUGUGGUGGUUAAGCACUAGCGAUGCAAAAUUUCAAUAUUCCGAGUGCUUGCUUUUGGAAAUUAAAAACUAUAGUAUAUAUGUUUCACACUAAUACAAAGUCCCUAUCUAUUUAUCCUAUUUCCUUAUAUAAAUGGCUGUCCUUGUUUUGGGUAUUUCUAAAUGUAUUUUCUUCAACUUUGACCUCUCAAUUUUCUCAAGAAUAAAAACUGAUCAUGUAUAUUAGUCGAUGCAAAGUUAUCCUAAA